UAGCAGCGUCGGGCGCCACGUGGACAGAUGCUGCCGGCGAUUCGAUCCUGCAAUCGCAAACGAACCAUGAGCGCGCCAUCGCCGAGGCGCGCGUACCCGCCUGUGGAUCCCCUGCCGGCUGCCGGCUGAUGGUCCUGGCCUCUCCUCUCCUAGUAAUUAUUGCAGGCGUGAUCUGCCGCGCGCAGCGCUGCGUCGCACAUGGACAUGGCCGCUCGCCGUAAUAUAUUCCUUUCCGUUCGCCCCGGUUCCCCUCCGCUGCACUCCAGUGCUCCGCACGCAGCAGCUGCCGCUCGCCGUGCCACAUGCCGUCCAGCGAGCUGUGAGCGCCAGCCGAAGCAACCGGAUUGACCUGCCGGGUUCGCUUUGCGUCUCCUACGCUGCAAGCCUGCGAUGCCGGCAGCGCGGGAUCGUAGUGAGAGCUUGUGAUCCGGCGAUCGCGGGAUGGGCAGGGCGGGGAAGUGGCUCCGGAGCUUCCUGCCGGGCAGGAGGGGCGGCAGGGAAAAGGCCGCCGGCGCGGCGGAGACGGACCUGGCGCUGGCGCUGCCGGGUACGGGGACGGCCGUCACGACGCCGGCGUCCACGCCCGGCGCUAAGGAGAAGAGGCGGUGGAGCUUCCGGCGCCCGGCGGCGGCGUCACCCGCCAAGGACGCGCUGGGUGGCCGGCUCGCGGCCUACGGGUCACUGGAGCCGCGGGUGGUGGACCCGGACCAGCACGCCGUGGCCGUGGCCAUCGCCACCGCGGCCGCGGCCGAGGCGGCCAUGGCGGCCAAGCACGCCGCGGCCGCCGUCGUCAGGCUCUCGGCGUCCGCGCCGGGGUCCAAGCGCACGGUCAUCGGCAUCGACGAGGCCGCCGCCAUCAAGAUCCAGGCCGUCUUCAGAUCCUACCUGGCGAGGAAGGCGCUGUGCGCGCUGCGGGGGCUCGUCAAGCUGCAGGCGCUGGUGCGCGGCCACCUCGUGCGCCGCCAGGCCAGCCACACCCUACGCUGCAUGCAGGCGCUCGUCGCCGCGCAGCAACGGGCGCGCGCGGCGCGCCUCCGGAUGCUCGACGACGAGAAGCCCUUCCGGACGCCGCGGACGACGCCGACCCGCCGCAGCUCGCCGCACCACCCCCGGUUCCGGCACCACCAGGACCCGGAGGAGAACGUCAAGAUCGUGGAGGUGGACACCAGCGGCGGCGCCGGCGAGGUGCACGGCACGCCGCGGACGUCCCGGCGCAGCAGCUGCUACGCCACGCCGCUGUGCCGCACGCCGUCCAAGAACGAGCUGUACCAGAAGGUCUCGCCGACGCCGUCCGCCCUCACCGACGCCAGCGCGCGCACGUACAGCGGCCGGUACGACGACUUCUCCUUCGCUACCGCGCGGGCCAGCCCGUACCGCCACACGCCGUCGAGGCACCACCACCACCACCACGAUGACGAAGGCGCCGCGGACAAGCCCGCCGCUGACCACCCGCUGCUCGUGCCGAGCUACAUGGCGAACACGGAGUCGUCGCGCGCCAAGGCGCGGUCCCAGAGCGCGCCAAGGCAGCGGCUGUCGGUGUCGUCCGCCGCCGCCGGCGAGGCGGCCUGCCCGUGGGAGAGGCAGGCGAGCAGCGGCCGGCGCAGGGCGUCGCUGGAGAGCCAGGCGCAGGCGACGCCCGGCGCGCGCGGGGUAGCGCCCAGGUACGGGCUCGUGCGCGUGCAGCGGUGCCCGUCGCAGGCGAGCGCGCCCGGGGCGUGCCCGUGGGGCUCCAGACUGGACCGGUGGAGCGCAUCGGCGCACGACAGCGAGUGCGGGUCGACGAGCACGGUGAUGACGGCCGCCACCACCACCUACUGCUGGUCGCUGGCCACCGACAACGCCGGCAUGGCGUGAGGCGGUCCUGACGACCUGACAUGACUCUCGCUCACAUGGCUUCUGAAGCAGAAGAUGAAACGCUGCUGCUGUGCCUGUAGCCCCGUAGGGAUGUGACGUCAUGUAGCUGCUGAGUACUGGAUUCGUAGUUAACAGUAGAAGAAGCUGGGCUCGAACUCUGCAAGUUUUCUGUAAUCUGUACGGGUGAUGUUUCUAGGAUUCGAUGAGGCUUUCGUAGUACUUUGUUCUGCCGUCCUUCAAUUGUGAAUGUGGCCUGUGGGAUCUUCGUUUU